AUGGAGGCCUCCCGAAGCACGCUGUCAAUGCGUGAAAAAGCUAUGCUAAAGCAGGAGAUAAACAAACGGCACAAUGGAAACUUCUCUGCCGGGUAUGUUCCCAUAUUUGAGAACUCGCUGCACAAAACUGGUUUGCGGGGUCGGAAAGCGUUUCUCUUCUAUGGCUUGGUGGUGGGUCUCUUCGUGGUUUCUCUCGCCAACCUUGCGGUGACUGUGAUGCUACUGGGUGUUCUGCGUAUUGGAUAUGGCAUGGAAAGCCUUGAAUUCCUUCCCAGCGGCCAACUGUUGAGGUUUCUAAACAAUGCCGACCUCGGGACAGUCAUUCCACACAAGGGUGUCAUUGGAGGCUUCAAGGACACAGAUCUGCAUAUAAUUGGUGAAUCCCAACCGGUUGUUGUGAGGACUUCAGGGGACAAGCAAGCAAGCCGGCAAGCGUCUGACACAGCUGGACCAAGCCUGGAAGUUGGCCCUGACUGGACUGUAGUGAGCAAUGUCAAGGAAUUUAGAGUCCGCAGUCCAACCACAGGCCGAACAAUCUUCUCAACUGAAUACCAGGGUUUCCAGCUGCCUAAGGGCAUACCAAAUCUCAGUGUCAAGGAGGCACAUGUAUCUCGGCUCACCAGUGCCAAACGUGAUCCACUGAUCAUUUCAUCUCCUUACCAAAUUCUACUCAAAGGCAAUGGAGGGCUGGAUAUGGAAGGGCACAACAUCACUUGGUCAGCAGGACACAACAUAUUUCUGAGGAGUGUGAACCAAAGCCUUACCUUGGACGGCAGCAAUGGCAUCCGUAUCCUAGCCGCCGGUUUGCCACGCUCUGAGAACCCUUCAAGCGAUGCUUCAUACUGGUACAAGCUGUGCGUGUGCAUGCCUUCUGGCCGAAUCUUCCGUGUACCGGUUCGGGAGCAGGGCUUUGGAUGCGGAGACGUUAGGUUUCCAGAGAGCGUCAACCCCUGUACCUAGGUGCAGCCGUGCAGCAUGCCAUAUAUUAUCUAUCUAUUACUAAGCUAGUCUUUAAAGCCAGAACACACUAGCUGAAAAAUGCGCACUGUGUGCUUUUAGAAGAAAAUUGCAAGCCUCCAGAAUUGCCACGCAGCAGCAUUCUAAUGUUGUGAAAGGGAUGGGCUAAUACGCAAUUGUUCGUAGUGCGCCUAAUGUGCUUGCCAGUAAUACCUUCAGUGAUGUACACAUGCUGUAACAGUUUUAUGCAGACCCCAUGGACAUGCUUGUUUCGCUCUAAUGUCGAAGCACAUUUCGUCCUCGUGUCAUUGCUUGUUUCUCUUGGUCUGCACACGUUCCAUCUAUCAGUAUGAAAUACAACUUGUUGCUGAGCUAGCUAGAUGAUUGUUUAAGUUGAAAAAUAGAAAUGGCACAAAAAGACUGGGAAGACACAAACUAACUAGCACGUGGCCUUCUGUGAAGGAGUACUAAUGGGAAGGCUAUUAGAAUUCGUACAUGCGUGCGUAUUUCAUUCGCUAUGACAAAUAACUUUAUGACUGUGACUGUUGUAGCAAAACUCUGGUCUGUACCUUUCGACAAGGCCAUCUGGGGCCCACAUAAUUCUCUCAAGACUGUAGUAAAUAUGCAUUACCCCCAUCUUGCAAAAAAGCAACUGCAGAGGAAGUGACAUCAGUCUCUGUACUCCCAUGCCUCAAUCCAAGAUGGACGGGCUCACCGCCAUUUGGUGUGGCUGCACUGCUGCAGAGGAAUUGCUUUGUCGGCAGCACUCUGUGUGUGUUUCUCUGCUAGCGUGCUUGAGCCGCAAAAGGGUACUGACUCGAAUUUUCGUAACUGGGUCUACUCAGCCAUACAAAUGUCCUGUAGUCAAAUCACUACAUACUAACAAGAAGCUUCAGAAAAGCUGCCUAGAUAGGUGGUACGUUGUUUAGACAUAAAGUGAAGUUUCGCAUGGUGCACCUGCUGAUGCCAUGAGCACCAGCGUGACAUCGGGCUACAGUAAUAUUUCUGGUGACUUCACCCACGAGUAUGACAAGUUGUGACGACAUAAGGUACCGAAACACGCAAAAGGGUCACUUAUGCAUCGUUGACAGAGCCGCAGAGCAGUGCUGCGAUUGAGCGAGCAUGUAACGUAAAACUUUUUAUCAUGACUUCAAGGUACUGUAGGAACUGCCACCAGCAUAUAAAAACAUGCAAUUAUUUUCAGUCCACACUUGUACCUAG